UCCUGGGGACACGGCAUAGCUGGGACCCAUGGUGGGACCUGCGGUCCCCGUGAUGUGGGACACCCUGCCCGCCUGCCAUGCCUUCAGGUGCCAGCACCGUCCUCGAGGUGUCGUGUGGCUCUGCCUCCUGCUCCUGCUGCCUGUCUGUGUCCCUGCCACCGUCACCAACCCUGGCAUCAAGGCCUGGCUGACCCGAAGUUCGCUGGAGUUUGGCCGCCGCUUUGGGCUGGAGCUGUUCCAGUCGACGCUGCAGAAGGAGCAUGAACUGAACCUGACAGGAUCCUACAACAUCCCACUCCUGGGGAACCUCACCUACGCUGUGCCACGGAUCCACAUCCAUGAACUGCAGAUGAACGACUCCACACUGGACUUUGCCGAGGACGUGGGGGUGAGGCUGAUGGUGCAACGUGCCCAAAUCCAGCUCAGCGCCGACUGGGCAGCCCAGCUGGGCGCCAUCCAGGACAGUGGCUCUGUGGAGCUCCGCAUGCGGGACCUGGCCGUGGCAGCGGUGCUGGGGGUGAGCGACGACGGCGGCGGCCGCCCCACGGUGUGGAGUGCUGGAUGUGACACCCACGGCACCGACCUGCACAUGGAGUUUCACCGUGGAUACAGCUGGAUCUACAACCUGCUGGCACCGCUGCUCCAGAGAACCCUACGGCAGCAGCUAAACAAGCAGCUCUGCCUUGAGCUCCAGAGGGGCAUUGACAAACUGGAUGCUGCCCUGAAGCACAUGAAAGUGUCCACCCAGCUGGAUGCCUUUGCUGCCAUCGACUACUCCCUGCUGGGACCGCCGGCCUUCACAGCGGAGCACGGGGACAUUGCCCUCAAGGGGGAGAUCUUCAGGGUGGGCAUGUACCAGCAGAGACGCUCAGCACUGCCUGUGGCACUGCCCAUGUCUCUGCCUGUGUCUCUGCCCGUGGCACUGCCCUUGGCACUGCCCACACUGAUGCCCAAGGCACUGCCCGUGGCACGUGAGCCCAUGCUGCUGAUGGCUGUCACCGAGUUUGUUGCCAACUCAGCCGCCUUCACGUACUUCACGGCUGGGGCCCUGAGCAGGAACAUCUCCAGCGACAUGCUCCCACAGAGGUUCCCAUUCCAGCUGAGGACCAAGAGCAUGGGGGUCUUCUCCCCACAGGGACAGUUCCCAUCCCUGUGCCUGGCUCUGACCCUGAUCUUUUCCUUCAGACUCAGCGUGACACAGGUGGCAUCAAAUGUGGGCCCUGUGGAGGUGAAGCGCCUGGAGACUCUGCUGAAGUUUGGGCUCUGGCUUUUUGGGGUGCCCCGAGCAAACAAGUGGCUCCAGGCUGGCAUCCCUCUGCCUCUCCCACAAGGCCUCAGCCUGCUCAGGCCCCGAGUUUCGCUGCAAGAGGACUUCGUGCUCAUCGCCACGGACCUGCAAUAUGAGCCAUGAGACCGCC